AAAACUUCAGAUCAAAAUAAAUGACAAAUAAAAAAAAUGUAGAUAAAAUUAGUUGUGUGAUUUUCAAUAAAAUAAUUUAAUAUCUCCUAAGUAUCAGUGCAUCAAACCACACAAAUAUCAAACAGACUUCGUUAAAUUAAUAUGGUUUGGAGAAUCUCUCGUGAACGUAUCUGCAGUCUUAGCAAGCUACACAGGCUGCACGAUGAAAUGGUGUCGCGGGAUUUUUGCAAGACCGAAUGGACGAAACCUAAGCACGUCAACAAGCCAUACACCGAGCACCGCAGCGAUUUGCCGCUGGUCGUCCAAAACGACCCUAAACAUACACACAUACAUAAAUCAGCUGGGUACGUCGAGCUGUGGAAAGCGUGGUUUACCAUAGAACAUGAACUCACCAAUGCUUUCGCGAAAAACUUGAACUUCUUCACAACAACUUGCUUGUGUAACCAUAACAAAAACGAGGGCACAAUAACCGAUAACAGUAAAGAGAACAAAUAUCAAGUUUCUAAUGAUGAAAGCACAACUAUACGGCACGUAGAUACGAUAUUACGGACAUAUUCUGAAUUGCUAGCAACGAUCACGUCACCGACGGUCGAGGAAUCUAGCUUGGUCAUGAAGGAAGAAAUAAAUCCGGAAGAAAGAUUAGUAUCCGCUACGCUAAAUGCAACAACAAGGAAUUUACAAGAAGAAAAGCUUGCACAGAAAUUAGAAACCAUUGAUGAGGUACCACUAGUCGAGGCUGAACCCGAUAUCAUUAAACCGCCACAAUCCUCAGGACCGGCUGUAAUUAACAUUUCUAGUUCCUAUGAAGACUCUGCCAAGCAUUUAGACUCUCAGGUUGGAGAUGACGCUGAGAGCGAACCUUUAAUGCAUUGCCAAGAGGAACAAUCUACUACAAACCUCAUUAACAAUUAUUUCGAAAGAGAAGAUUGCAAAAAGAAUAACUGGAAUGAUCUAAUCUCGCUAAACGGCGUGCCAGAUAUCAUCAAAGACGACGAGGAACUGUCUCUUAUGGAUUUAAUGAAACGCGUACGUGAGAGAAAUCGGUUGCUCCGCUGUCGCGAUAUAGAGCGUCAACUGAAUGCCUCCAGAGCGGAUCAUUCCGAUACCAGUUUCCCGCAGCACCAAAACGUUCCAUCGCCACCUGGAUGGGCCUGGCCCCAUGGUAAUCCAUUCAUGCCUGGGCAGCAUUCUCCAAUGUAUCCUCAUGUUGCGAACCCGCAUCCCCGCAAGGCAGAACCUUUGACCCCUGACAACCGGCCAGGGAGUCCAGGCUAUAACAGAGCGACUGAAGUGAGUCCUUUGAACCUGGCCCUGUAUCUUGGUCCUUUGGUUACUGUUUUGAGAAACGCCAUUAUCUUAUUUCCUAUCCUGACAGCGAGUCUCAUCCCUAAGAAUUUAGCGACUGACAAAGAACAGGGCAUUGAUGUUUGCGUGUUGCUUUCUAGCCAUGAGAAAGAAUCGGAAAAGGAUUAG